AUGGCCACACAUCAGCCCUUACCAGAAAACUCGAUCAAUCCUCCGCACAUGGAGCGGAACAUGACGAGUCAGUGCGAAGACAAUUUUAUGCAGUUUGAGGGAGACGAGUGCGAUCUGCUUUCUGACAACGUCAGAAUGAUUUUUCAAAUUAUCAACUUCGUCAUCAUUGUUCAAAUUAUUGAUAUUUUUGGCACCGGGUCAAACAUCAUCAAUAUCGUCUGUUUCGUCAAACAAGGUUUGAAAGACCCAGUCAACAUUGCGCUUUUAGGUUUAACGGUGUCAGAUUUGAUAAGUAUGGCUACACUGAUCUGGCUGAACAUUUGCCUCAAUCCUCUCUUCUACGAGUCCGAUAUACCUUUCCAAGCUCCAGAAAUUGGGCAUCUGACAAGUGGUAUCUUACAUGUUGCCUCAACCCGGGUCACGUGUUGCAUGACAGCAUUCAUCACGCUAGAACGAUGUAUGUGCAUAGUUGUGCCCUUAAAG